AUGUGUGAUGGAGAUGAUGAGGAUGUGGAUAGUGUCGAGGUGGACUUUGUAGAAGUCACAGCUGUUUUAGAGGAGGAUGAUGGCUUACAAUUCCAACUUCCAAAGCAUCAUCGUUGUGCCUGCCACUUAUUAAACUUGGUUUCCACAGUGGAUGCAGCCAAAGCCUGUUCAAAUGAAGCUUACAAGAAGCUGUCCAGGUUGAGUCCAGUUGAAAUUGCCUUUCUGGAAGAGUAUGCGAGAACCAUGAGCCCCCUAGCCAAAGCCCUCAACAUUCUUCAGGCUGAAAUCGAUGUUCAGAUGGGAUGGCUUCUGCCUACUUUGACACUCCUCAUCUCGAAACUGGACCGAAUUCGCAUUACCUCCAGGUACUGCAAACUUCUGGUGGAUGCCAUCCAAGAAGGCCUGCAGCAGCGCUUUGGAAACAUGCUGGUAGAGCCAGAGUUUAUUGCAGCUGCAAUCCUUGUCCCGAAAUUUAAAACAUCCUGGACAACGGAUGAACACAUUGUCAAACUAGGCCUGGACUACAUCAAAGACCAUCUGGAGGAAGAGACUUCGAAUCAAACACCAGUUGAUGGUUCCAGUGCCUCUGAGGAAGAGGACUUCUUUGCAAGCAUGAAGUCUACUCAUGGUCAGGAAGGUAUCAAGCAGUUAGAUGGCUACCUUGCCUGCAAAGCUGAUAACAAAGAAAUUCUCAAGUCCUUCCCAGCAGUCUGUAAGUUGUCUUUGAAGGUCAACACUGCUUUACCCGCUUCUGCAGCUUGUGAACGUCUAUUCAGCACAGCAGGGCUUAUUUUCAGUCCCAGGAGGGCAAGAAUGAAUUCAAAAAACUUUGAGAAUCAGCUUCUUCUCAAGCUGAACAAAAAAUAUUGCCACUUUAGUUAG